CGAAAUUGACGAGAAGAACACAUUUACGAAAGUGUGGUCUACUUGUAAAGUAAAGGCGACACUAUUGGCAGCUUCUCUAGUUUUACGUUUACCCACGGAACAAUCUGAUAUCUGGGAACCAGACGCCCAACCACCCCGAAUCUACUCUUCUUCAAUUCGACUCCGGACUGAUAAUUUGCGUUUCACUUGAUUGAUGAUGUCGUUGGACUAGAGUGAAAAAGUGUAGUAACGUCUCCUAAUUUGGGUUGAAAGUUGGGGUCAUUACAAAAAGAAAUUCAUAAUAUAUGUGGAGGGGGAAGUGGCAGCAACCAUUGAAGAAAGAUUCCCAGGAGUAGAGAAAUGGCUAUCACGGAGGAUUCGACAAUCAAUUACAAAAUCUCUCCUCCAAAUUCAUAUGGAGCUGUGGUUCUUGGUGGUACUUUUGACCGAUUACACGACGGUCACCGUCUUUUUCUCAAGGCUGCAGCAGAGCUUGCAAGGGAUCGGAUUUGGAUCGGAGUUUGUGAUGGUCCUAUGCUAAGCAAAAAAAAGUUCCCGGAACUUAUACAACCCAUUGAGGAAAGAAUGCAGAAUGUCGUAAAUUAUAUCAAGUCUGUGAAGCCCACGCUGUUGGUAAGAGUUGAACCUAUUGUCGAUCCAUAUGGUCCAUCCAUUGUUGAAGAAGCUUUGGAAGCUAUUGUUGUCAGCAAAGAGACAUUACCUGGUGGCAUGUCGGUUAACAAGAAGCGAUCCGAAAACGGCCUUUCGCAACUGAAGAUUGAAGUUGUAGAUUUAGUAACUGAGGAGCAGUCUGGGGGUGAAAAACUGAGUUCAUCAACACUGAGAAAGCUUGAGGCAGAGAAGGCUGCCUCUGCCUUGCAACAACAGAAAGACUAGAAACACAAUCCAAGUAUUAUUACUCAUAAAGCCAACAUUACAUAAUCUUGUUUUCUGAGUAUUUAUCAAACUUAUAAACAUUAACGAUUAAUCUAUACCGAUGUCAAAUCUCUAAUUUAUAGAUAUCUCAAUAUAUUGAUAGAAUACUUUAAUCUUAAUUACACAUAUUUGUUGUUCAAUACAUUUCUUGAUUUAGUCAAUGGUUGUAAAAUACUUAAUGCCCUUUUAUGUAGUGAAUGUAAUAUAAUUAAAUGGAAUCAAUUAAUAACUGAAA